AUGAACAACUUUACUCCGGGGCCCCCAAGAGCCACUAAGUCCGCUCCUACAGUAUUCUGCUUCAUAUGCGGACGUCAAUUCGGAUCCAAAAGCAUUGCCAUACAUGAGCCACAAUGUCUGAAGAAGUGGCACGCUGAGAACGAGAAGCUACCCAAGUCAAAGAGACGAGCUGCUCCAGUGAAACCUGAUGCAGUUAUCGGAAAUGAUGGACGCAUAGAUGCGGAGGCGACAAACGAGGUGUUGUGGAAGAAUUCGCAAGGAUUAAUGGUCGAAUGUGAACAUUGCGGAAGGAAGUUCAAUGAAGAUCGCUUGGCAGUUCACCAAAGAAGCUGUACUGCUGAAAAUCCAGCAAAAAGUGUGGGCCGAAGCAGAUCCAAAAGUCAGACUAAAAGAUAA